UUUGUGUAAUUUGACAUUUUUUUCCUUACAUGUUUGGCUGGAAACUCUUUUGAUGACACACUUUAGAACCAGUUUUGUAGGCCACAUUUUGGGAAACAAUGGCCUAGAAUAAAACGUAAGCAUGAAAUUAUCAAUUCCUGUCAGUUUGAAUGCUCUCACUUUUAUUUCUUCCCUGUGCAGCACCAGCCACUUCACCUUUUCUUUCCCGGCUGUGUGGGGCUCAGCUAAGUCAGCACUCAAGAGAGUGGUGAGGUCAUCUGAGACCAAGCCUGGUCCUCAGGACUGUGCUCUCUCCCUGCUACCAGGCAGCCUGCCCCAGCCUGCUCAGCCAUCGCCACACUCCUCUGACAGAAUGAAUGCCCUUGACGGCGUCCCCUUCAAGGUGCCCAAUGGCUUUGUGAUAGGCACAAAGUCCCUUCCUGGGCCAGAACUCAGCAUCCCAGCCUGCAGGGAGCUUCUGCUGGGUUCUAUGCACGACUUCAGCCUGGAGAGGAGGGUGCUCUUCUGGGUGGAGGCUGUCAUCCGGGGACCCUGCCCCGUCCAAUGCGACGCCCUGGGAAUGGCAUCGGCCCCUCCGGCCUGGCUCUUGCUGGUCGGCUCAGAACCUGAGCCAGUGCCCCCACCAGCUGCAGACACCUGCCCCGAGGCCAGACCCCAGCUGCAGCUAGAUCAGGAGGAGGAGAAAGAGGAGGAGGUCAAGGAAGAGGAGGAGGAGGAGUUGGAAGAGAACCAGGGGGAGGCCCACGUAGAGGAAGAAGCCGCCUCUGCCAACGAGGAAGAGCCAGGUUCCUGCAGCCCCCUGUCCAGCUCCCCCGCGAGCGCUGGCCCAGGCCAUUCCCGGUGCUCGCUGGACUUGCUGCGUGGCGUGAAGUCGGAGCUGGCCGGGGCGCGGCGGCGGCUCUCGGAGGGCCGGCUGUCCGUUCGCCCCCGCGCCCUCCUGCACCGCAUCCGCCACCGGGCGCUGAGCCUCUGCCCCAGCCCCGCGCCGAGUCCCGGCCCGGUGCUGCCCGCGGGCCCUGCGCCCACGCUCCCCAACGCCCCCGCGCCGCCCCCACGGCCCUCCACGGCUGGCGCCAUGCCCCCGCUGCGGAGCCACAAGCCCACGGUCGCGUCCCUCAGCCCCUACACCUGCCUGCCGCCUCUUGGCGGCGUGCCUCAGCAUCUCAGCACCUGCAGAUCACACCCCACUUCUGCUGACCUGCUGUCUGCCCUGAGCCAGGAGGAGCAAGACCUCAUCACGCCCGUAGUUGCCCUGGGGUAUCCCCUGCAUAGGGCCAUCACGGCUCUGCAGAAGACAGGGCGGCAGAGCCUGAGCCAGUUUCUCAGCUACCUUAGUGCCUGUGACCGGCUGCUGCGGCAAGGCUACGAAGAGGGGCUGGUGGAGGAGGCCAUGGAGAUGUUCCAGUUCUCCGAGAGCCAGGCAGGGGAGUUCCUGCGCCUCUGGGAACAAUUCAGUGCCAUGGGCUUCCAGCAGGACCGGAUCAAGGAAGUGCUGCUGGUCCACGGCAACCGCAGUGAGCAAGCGCUGGAGGAGCUGGUGGCCUGUGCCCAGUGAGCACUGGCGCAUUCCACAAUGCCUGUGCAUCCCAGUCCUGGGCCAGACCUGGCAAUCCAUAGUAACUGGAUUAGUAAGACUACAUAAGAGGGGAACCUGGCUGGCUAAGUUGGAGGUGGCUCUUGAUCUCAGGUUUGUGAAUUUGAGGCCCACAUUGGG